AUGGAACUAAAAGCAAUAAUAGAAGAAGCAAUAACCAAAAUUAGUAAAGAAAAUGAAGUCGAAAUAGUUUCAUCAAUCGAUCUAGCUCAAGAAAUUCAAAACAUUCAUAUUUGUCAACAAAUCCCUAUUGGAAUUAUAAUAGAAAACCUAAUCAAUCUCGAGCCAUUAAAAAGAAAACUACUUCCAAAUAUCUAUCAUCGAAUUGUGAAAAAAAUACAUAAACAUAUAUGGAAACCAAGCAGACGCAAUCCUCAACAACCUACAACUUCGACUAGAGGUCUUCCAACCAUUCUAGCUAAGAAUAGGUUGAGG